CUUGAUUUUGGUCGGUAGUUGCCACGGACCCCCAUAUGACAAGCGUUAAGGAAUUGGGGCUUGGCUUUGCCCUCUUAAGUAUAUUUUUUACACUUGCCGCUUUGGGAAGUGCGUGCAUGAGCCUGAAUGCACAUGAAUCAGACGACGUCACGCCUUGGAUGUGGAUUGGAACGUAUUCGACUUAUAUAUUUCUCAAUGUGUUUCUCUUUGCGCGCAUGAUAAAGAACGAUCUUAAUGUUAUCAUAUUGUGGUUCCCUUUUACGAUUGUUUUGUUUCUGUUCAGGCUAUUUUGCAUUGACAAAUACCAAUAUGGGCCAUUCUAUGUAUUUACCAACUCUUUUAUAGGCGCUUCCAUUGUUAUAAUGCCAGUAGUUUACUUUAUACUAAGAAGAAAGAAAUCUAAUGAAAGGGCCAGGCCAGUUCCGCAAACGGUUGGCAGCACCGCGACAACAAAUCGAACAGGAGCGAGGACCAAGCCGGCUAGAUCAUUUACACCUACGGUAAGCAGACCAACUAGCUGGAGAGAAAAUCGAUAUUAUGCUGAAUCGAUGGAAAACCGAGCAAGGCACGAGUACCCACGCUUGGGUUGGCUACCUGAUCUCUACCCAGACUCGAAUGUGUCAUUUACGCUGGGCACAGCACCUGAGACAAGCACCGCUGCAACAGGUGAUAAUCAGUGCAAUAGUUUCGAUUUCAACUGCCGCGAUGACAAUGAUAAGGAAAACUGCUGCGAUAAGGAUAAUUGCUGCGAUAAGGAUAAUAGCUGCGAUAAUGCUGCCGAUGGAGAUGGCGGCGGCGUAGAUUGUGGAAGCGGGAACUACGAUUGUGGAGGCGGCGACUCCGGAGGUGGUGGCGGAGAUUAUGAUGGUGGUGGCGGGGACUGCGAUUACGGAGACGGAAGCGAUGAUUGAAGUAGAAUGUGGGACUCGAAUAAUACACGAGUAUUACCUAAAUCUCGGAAGUGAUUACUUAAAACAAAUAGUCAAGCAUUUAUAUGUAUAUUUUUAGUUUUUAACAAUGAAACAUUGUGCCUUAAAUAGUCAGCGAUAGACUAGCUAAUAUCCUUCGAAACUCAACAAGCCAAAUAAUAUGCCUAAGA